AUGGCGCAAUGGAUCCGGCAGCAUGCGGAAGCAGAGCUCGGCCAGCUGGCGUGCGGCGCCGGGGACCACGCCACCAAUCACGCCAACGCGGCCAUGAUUCAAGUAACGUACUGCGCGUGCAAGCAGCAGUACUUCAUGGUGGCGUCGCCGGCGGUGACCGAAGUCGAAGAGGAGAACAAGAUGCAUCCCAACGGGUUUGCUGCCUCCCCAUCUCCUAUCUCCAUGAAAGGCUUAGAGCUGAGCUUGAGCUUAGGCAAGGGGCCGUCGAGGCCCUCCAUUGAGUUUGGUUCUUCGACGGAAGAAGAGGAGGAUGAAAUAGCAGAGAUGAAGGAGGAGCGGAGUUCCUCCGGCGGCGGUUUCCCAGCCAAUUCAAACAUCGGGAUUUCCCUGCGGAGAGUUUUAGACAUGAACCAGGUUCCUGCGGCGGACAGAACAGAGAAGGAGAAGUCGCCGGAGAAGAAGACGAAGAAGCUACGCCUCAGCGCGCAGCAGUCGGCGCAACUUGAACAAAGCUUCAAUCUCCACAACACUCUCGGUUCGGAGGAGAGGGCGGCUCUGGCGAAGCAACUCAACCUUCGUCCUCGACAGGUGGAAGUCUGGUUCCAGAACAGAAGAGCCAGGACGAAGCUUAAGCAAGCGCAAAUGGAGUGCAAGUACAUGAAGCGGUGCUGCGAGACGCUUCGUGCAGAGAACCGCCGGCUCAUCGUGGAGAUCGCCGAGAUCCGCGCUGGGAAACUCUCUCCUCGGUCUUUUCCCUUGGACACUCCCGUUUGCAUCUCCUGUGAUCGUGGAGCCGUUGCCGGCGGUGAUGCUACUUCCGUCGCUCGCUGGUGCAUAAGUAGGAGCACCGGCGACGGCCGCCGCCGCUGA